AUUUGAAGGUAACCAGAAUCUGGCAUGCAGUAAAGUGAGUGUAAAAUAGUGACAAAUAAUUCAACAUUCGUUACAAAGUCUCUCGAGAUUAUGAUUUGCAUUCAUAAAAUGCCAGGAUGUACUUGAAAUAAAAAUGUUGUAUCUGUUUUUACUUCAAUUAGCCAACAUUACUGGGGUAUUAUUUCAUGCACUGGAGUAAAGCCAGGUUUCAUUAUAUUCCUCGUGCGCGUUCAGUGAAAGCUACUGAUAACAGCAUAGUUUGGAUAUUUUACAUUUUAAAUAUACACGGAGUUGAACGAUCAAAUAUUUUAAAAACAUCAGCAAUGGCGGACAUGAUGAGUGAAAAGUGGAUGAUUGCAUUUAAAUUGGUGGACUUUAAUCAAGAUGGUGUCGUCAAUGUUAAAGACAGAGAUGAUUGUAUUCAGUCAUUUCUCAGCGUCUUUCAACCAGGAGAUGGCCGGAAACAAAAGAUGACGAAUCAGCUGAAUGAAUUCUGGGAUAAAAUUGUCUUCCUAACAGAAAAUCCGGAUUGGAGUAAAGCAUUAACUCCUGAUGAGUUUCUAGCAACACGUAAAGAUGCCUACACUAAAGAUUCUACAAGAACCACCACCGUAGUGCGAGAUGCCUUAAAACAACUGAUUAAUGCUGGAAAUGUUGACGAAUCUGGUCACUUUACUUACGAGGAAUUUAAAACACUACAUGAAGCGUUUAAUCUAAAAGAAGAGAACCUGGUAAAGGGUAUAUACAGUAUGAUUGGUCCUGAUGCAAAUGGAAAAAUUUCUGUUGACAAUGUUGCAGAUUUCUAUACAGAAUUAGCGAUGGGGAAUGACGAAGGGAAACAUGCACAAUACAAAACUGCUCUUGCAUCAGUUGGAUUUGUGUGACGCUUCUGACAAUAUAAUACGACCAAAAUUAACGUUGAAACAAAAAAGUCUUUAAUCUAACUUAUACUUGUGAGUCUAUACAUGCUUUACACGCUUUGAUUCUAGAAUCUCUUGUAUAUAGCAUAUAUUAACUGAAUACGAAGAAAAUGAUAUUGCAUUUUUAUAUAUAAAAUGUAGAUCGGAGAUAAAUGCAUAAUGAAUAAAACUUAGUGUGUUUAAUGAACGUUUUGUUUGACGUAAUGUAUUUGAAAAAAGAAUAUCAAACGUUUCGCCGUGUCAUCGUUUUAAUGCUUUGGUCAGUGUAUGAUAGCAUUAAACAUAUCUGUGUAAAAAGCAGAUUGAUUCAAAUCCAUUCAUUUCCAUGUGAAUUUAUUGGAUUAUUUUAAACCUAACUGGAUUAUUUCAAACUGUCUAAAAAAAACCAACAACUGAAAAAUCGAGUUUGAAGGUUCCAUAUAAGUUGUUCAAAGAAUGAAAUCGGAAAGGAAAGUUUAUUUUGAUGUUUCAAUAUAAAUAGUUUAUAAGAAUAUCAAUUGAUAUGUACGCCUUGUGUGCAUUGCAAAUGUAAUGAAAAUACAGUUUUAUAAUUUUCUUUAAAUGUAUCUUUGUACUGUAACGCAAGAUAGCUAAACUACCUUCACAAUUAGCUGAACAUCUUUACAUUCAUAUUUCUCAUGUUAUUGUCAAGGAGAUGUUUAAGAACACUUUUGAAAAAGCACCUGAUAUAAAAGUUAAUGAGCCAUUUCUGCUUUGGUUUUAAUUACCUUUGCUACUUAAACAAGAUAAAUGUAGAAAAGGCACCAUCUGCCAAA